UUGCUGAAAUUAUAACUUAGGGAAAGAAAAACAAAAAAGAAGUUCACAUAUUUCUCAAUUGGAAAUUUUGCACUCCCACAUACUCAACCUUCAAUCAUUUCAUAGUUGAUACCUUAAAACAAAUUCUAGGGUCCUAAAAUGGGUUCAGAGGAUCCGCAACACCGUCAACUGCAUGGUUUCUUUUUUCCACUCAUGGCUUAUGGGCACAUGAUUCCAAUGUUUGACAUUGCAAGAAUAUUUGCUUCCCGAGGUGUUAAGGCUACCAUAAUCACUACUCCAGCGAACGCUUCCACCUUCUCAAGUGCUACAGCAAGAGAUAGAUUAUUAAGUCUCGAUAUAAAUAUUCAAAUACUUCAAUUUCCUACGGAAGAAGCUGGUUUGCCCGAAGGCUGCGAAAAUAUGAAUGACUUGGAUGGACUUGAUACGAUUCACGCGUUCUUCAAGGCUCUCAACAUGCUCCAACAACCAUUGGAGCGGCUCUUCGAAGAUUACCAACCAGAUUUCCUUGUCGCUGAUUUUACAUUACAUUGGGCAACUGAGAGCGCGGCCAAAUUUGGCAUCCCUCGCUUUGUCUUUCAUGGAACAAAUGUAUUUUGGCAGUGCGUUGAGCAUAGCCUAGAGUGCCAUAAGCCAUUUGAAGAUAUCGCGUCUGAUACAGCAACCUUUGUGGUGCCAGGUCUUCCUGACAAGAUUGAGAUGACUAAGUCACAAGUGCCUGAUCAUUAUAAGGUUGACACCCCGUUCAUUGAAAUGGUUGAAAAAAUAAAAGAUUCAGAAGCUAAGAGCUAUGGAGUGUUAGUAAACAGCUUUUAUGAGUUGGAGCCAGGUUAUGCCGAUUAUUACAGGAACGUUAUGGGAAGAAGAGCAUGGCAAAUAGGCCCGGUGUCGCUUCGAAAUAAGAACACCAUAGAUAAAACUCAACGAGGAAAGGAAUCCGCCAUCGAUGAACAUUAUGUUUUGAACUGGCUUGACUCCAAGGAACCCAAUUCAGUUCUUUACAUUUGUUUCGGGAGCACUUCUAGAAUGAAUAAUGCACAAUUGUCAGAAAUUGUAAUGGCUCUUGAAGAUCAAAACUUCUCAUUUGUUUGGGUUAUAAGAACAACUCAGAACAGUGACGAAAAGAGCUUUUUACCCGAAUGUUUCGAAGAGAAUAUGAAAGGAAAAGGUCUGAUUAUUAGGGAAUGGGCACCACAAGUACUUAUCCUUGGUCAUCCAUCCAUCGGGGGGUUCAUGACUCAUUGCGGCUGGAACUCUACACUUGAAGGUGUGACUGCAGGGGUUCCCAUGAUCACAUGGCCUCUGUUUGCAGAGCAAUUACACAAUGAGAAUCUUGUUACUCAGGUGCUGAAGACCGGGAUUCGAGUUGGCACGCAGAAAUGGAACCAAUGGUUCGAAACAGAAGAUGUAUCCACAAAGAAGGAUGAGAUAGAGAAGGCAAUCAAUCGGCUGAUGGGUGAUGGAGAAGAAGCAAAGGAAAUGAGAAGUAAAGCCAAAGAACUAGGUGAAUUGGCUAGGAAAGCUAUAGAAGAAGGUGGGUCGUCUAACGCCGAAUUUACUUCUUUACUGGAAGAGCUGAGACUCUAUAAAAAACCAACAAUAUAAAAGUACAGAUCAUUUAAGAUGAUAUUGAUGUAACAUAACUAUGGUUUUCCAGCAUAAUAUACCAAGUGUAUCUACAACUAUUUGAACUUCAUGUAAGCUUUUUCUUCUCAUGGUUUAUCAUUCAUGAUGGUGGAUUUCACAUAUGACAAUGGUUUGU